GGGUGGGUGGAAGGAUUAUGGAUGGAUGAUGGAUGGGUGGAUGGAUGAUGGAUGGUUGGGUGGAUGGUUUCUUCUGAUUUAUACACUAACUAUAAUAAUCAAUGUAUAUGUAAAGGCCUUGACUGCCAGGUCUAUACAAUUCAGGCUACUGUAAACUACUCUUACAUGAAAAUAUAAAUGUAUGUCAUACAUUGAGGACCCAGUGGCCUUCAUACACAGAAAAUGAGACGCUGCUAUUAUUCCUGGUUCCAAUAUGUAUUUGACCAGCAGAUGUCGCUAGUGUGCUGUAAAGGUCUAAACUAAACGAAAGAAGGAAGUACAGUGAGUUUUUUUUUUUUUAACCAGAAUAGAUUAAUUCCAUCAUAAAUGUACACUUGUGUUACAAAAGCCCUGUUGAGCUGCCAUUAUUAUUAUUAUUAUUAUUAUUAUUAUUAUUAUUAUUAGCUAUUUCUCCAUGUUUCUGUAAUAUAUGACUUUUAUUUUGACGACAUGCGCUAACGUACCGCGGGAGGCUUCACUGCAGUUGUUUGCUCACACAUGUUAGCAAACGAGCUAACAACGUAUGAACGACGUCUCGGUAAAAACAGGCUGUCGGAUGAGUGGAGAAGUGAUGGAGAAGGACUCGCGGGUGAAGAAGACGGCGGCACCGUCAGUGGAGCAGAUUAACGCUGAAUAUGUUACACAGCUCUCAAAUAAAUAUUGGGCUCCCCAUGCAAAGAAUAAACUACCGUUCGAUUCUAAGGUCGUUGAAGACAUCUAUCAGAAUGAGAUUCUCAAAUCAAAAUUUGCGAUCAGAAAAAUCAUGCUGCUGGAAUUUAGCCAGUACCUUGAGAAUUACUUGUGGGUUAACUACACCCCAGAGGUGUCCAGUAAUGGCUAUCUGAUGUCCAUCUGCUGUAUAGUUAAUGAGAAGUUCAGAGAAAAUGUUCCUGCUUGGCAGGUUUUUAAAAAGAUGCCCACUCACUUCCCCUACUUUUUUAAAUGUGUAAUGGAGGCCUGCCUAACCGGAGAAGAGAUUGGCCUGACACUGCGGGAACAGACAGUUCUGCUGCUCUUCCUUGACCACUGCUUCAACAGUUUGGAGGUAGAUCUAAUCCGUGAACAGGUGCAGCAGCUCAUUUCUCUGCCCAUGUGGAUGUGCCUCCUGCCGUCACGACUCCAACAUGAACUGAAAAAAGUUCCCAAGCUGCAGAAGUUCUGGAAUCUUAUAAAGAAGAACUAUGAUAAAAUGGAUAAGAAGGAUGCUGAACAAGCCCAAAGGGAACGGACCUUUCUUUCUGCACUCAUAAAGAAGUUCCUUAGUGUGCUGAUGUCCAUCCCAGCAUCAGGCCCAAUCUCCAUGGAAAAAGUGCACUACUGCGAGAGGUUCAUCGAGCUUAUGAUUGACUUGGAGGCUCUGCUCCCAACUCGCCGUUGGUUCAACACUGUGCUGGACGACUCUCACCUGGUGGUCAGCUGCCACCUGUCCAGUCUCACACAGCGAGAGAAAGAAGGUCACCUUUUCUGCCAGCUGCUGGAUAUGUUGAAGUUCUACACAGGUUUUGAGAUCAAUGACCAAACUGGCAACGCCCUGACAGAGAAAGAGAUGACCACUCUUCACUAUGACCGGAUAACAUCACUGCAGAGAGCCGCUUUUGCGCACUUUCCUGAGCUGCAGGAUUUUGCGCUCUCUAACGUAGCAGCUGUGGACACUCGGGAGUCGCUCACCAAACAUUUCGGUCAUCUCAGUCCCAAUACCCUUCACCAGGUGGCAUCAUACCUGUGCCUUUUACCUGAGCUUCCAGACGGAAAAGACACGUCCUAUGACAAAGAGGUGCUGUUAGAGCUCCUGGUGUCGCGUCAUGAGCGGCGAAUCUCACAGAUUGAGCAACUUAACCAGAUGCCUCUUUAUCCAACCGAGAAGAUUAUCUGGGAUGAGAACAUCGUCCCCACCGAGUACUACUCUGGCGAAGGUUGCUUAGCUCUGCCGAAGCUUAAUCUGCAGUUCCUGACUCUCCAUGAUUACCUGUUGAGAAACUUCAACCUCUUCCGUCUGGAGUCUACCUACGAGAUCAGACAAGACAUAGAAGACAUUGUGUUGCGAAUGAAGCCAUGGCAAUCCGAAUAUGGUGGAGUGGUGUUUGGUGGAUGGGCCAGAAUGGCACAGACCAUUAUGUCCUUCUCCAUUGUUGAAGUGGCGAAGCCUAACAUUGGAGAGAACUGGCCUGCUCGAGUCCGUGCUGACGUCACUCUGAACCUUAAUGUGCAAAACCACAUCAAAGCUGAGUGGGAAGGGUUACGUAAGCACGAUGUUUGUUUUCUGAUCACGGUGCGGCCCACCCUGCCCUACGGCACGCGCUUCGACCGGCGCCAGCCCUUUGUAGAGCAGACAGGCUUGGUGUACGUGAGGGGCUGUGAGGUGCAAGGCAUGCUGGAUGAUAAAGGCCGGGUCAUCGAGGAAGGUCCUGAUCCGAAGCCCAAACUGAGAGGUGACACAAGAACAUUCCGCGUGUGGCUGGAUCCGAAUCAGUACCAACAGGACAUGACCAACAGCAUCCAGACUGGUGCCGAGGACCCCUACGAGACUUUCAACAUCAUCAUGAGACGCAAGCCCAAGGAGAACAACUUCAAGGCCGUGCUGGAGACUAUACGUCACCUGAUGAACACUGAGUGUGUUGUCCCUGAUUGGCUGCAUGACAUCAUCCUGGGAUAUGGUGACCCAGGGAGUGCCCAUUACUCCAAAAUGGCCAAUCAGAUCUCGUCCCUGGACUUCAAUGACACCUUCCUGUCCAUUGAACACCUUAAGUCCUGUUUCCCUGGUUACACACUGAAGGUCACAGAGGAAGACCCAGCCAAACAGGUCCCUCCAUUCAGAAUCAAGUUCCCUGUACAGAAUGUCAAGGGGAAGAAGCGGAAAGCAGAUGAGGAAGGGGAGAAAACUGAGGAAGAUAACACACUGAUAGUGGAGCCCCAUGUGACUCCAAACCGGGGACCCUAUCCCUACAACCAACCCAAGCGGAACAACAUCCCAUUUACCCCAACUCAGAUUGAGGCUAUUCGUGCAGGCAUGCAGCCGGGUCUCACCAUGGUUGUAGGUCCCCCAGGUACAGGCAAAACAGACGUAGCCGUGCAGAUAAUCUCCAAUCUGUACCACAACUUCCCUGAGCAGAGGACCCUCAUCGUGACUCACUCCAAUCAGGCACUGAACCAACUCUUUGAGAAGAUCAUGGCCCUGGACAUUGAUGAGCGGCACCUCCUGCGUCUGGGUCACGGAGAGGAGGAGCUGGAGACUGAGAAGGAUUUCAGCAGAUAUGGAAGAGUGAACUAUGUGCUGGCUCGAAGGCUGGAGUUGCUCGGAGAGGUGGCUCGCUUGCAGGAGAGUCUCGGCGUCCCGGGUGAUGUGUCCUACACCUGUGAAACAGCUGGCCAUUUUUACCUUUAUCAGGUUAUGUCACGUUGGGAGGAAUAUACAAGCAAGGUCAGGCCCAAACCGGGCCGGGAGGUGAGCAUACAGGACGUGGCUGCACACUUCCCUUUCCAUAAGUACUUCUCAAAUGCACCCCAGCCUGUCUUUAAGGGACAGAGCUACCAGGAGGACAUGGACAUAGCAGAAGGCUGCUACCGCCACAUCCGCAAGAUCUUCACCCAACUGGAAGAAUUCAGGGCCUUUGAAUUGCUGCGCAGUGGACUGGACAGAUCAAAAUACCUGCUGGUGAAAGAGGCUAAAAUCAUUGCCAUGACCUGCACGCACGCUGCUCUCAAACGCCAUGACCUCGUGGAGCUCGGCUUCAAGUAUGACAACAUCCUGAUGGAAGAAGCAGCUCAGAUCCUGGAGAUUGAAACUUUCAUUCCACUCCUACUGCAGAAUCUCGAGGAUGGCUACAGUCGGCUGAAGCGCUGGAUCAUGAUUGGUGAUCAUCACCAGCUUCCUCCUGUCAUUAAAAAUAUGGCCUUCCAGAAAUAUUCCAACAUGGAGCAGUCAUUGUUCACACGCUUUGUGCGAUUGGGCGUGCCCACAGUGGACCUGGACGCUCAGGGCCGAGCUCGUGCCAGUCUGUGUAAUCUGUAUAACUGGCGCUAUAAACAGCUUGGAAACCUGCCUCAUGUUCAGAGUCAGCCAGAGUUUCAGGCCCCCAACCCAGGUUUCACCUACGACUUCCAGCUCGUCAACGUGGAGGAUUUCAACGGAAUCGGGGAGUCUGAACCCAAUCCUUACUUCUACCAGAACCUUGCUGAGGCAGAAUACUCCGUGGCUCUGUACAUGUACAUGCGGCUGUUGGGUUAUCCAGCAGAGCGCAUCAGCAUCCUCACCACUUACAACGGCCAGAAGCACUUAAUCCGAGACGUCAUCAACCAGCGGUGUGCCAACAACCCCUUCUUCGGCCAGCCCAACAAAAUAACAACAGUGGACAGGUUCCAGGGUCAGCAGAAUGACUACAUCAUCCUCUCGCUGGUGCGCACCAAAGCUGUAGGACAUUUGAGAGAUGUGCGGCGUUUAGUGGUAGCUAUGUCCAGAGCCAGGCUGGGCCUCUACAUCUUUGCUCGGGUCUCCCUUUUCCAGAACUGCUUCGAGCUGACGCCUGCCUUCAAUCAGCUGACUGCGCAGCCACUGCAACUGCACAUUCGACCUCAAGAGUACUACACCUCUACUGUGGAGCGCUCGAACGAGCCUGAUCAGAUAGUUAAGAACAUGCCUGAGAUGGCCAACCUGGUCUAUAAUAUGUACAUGCAUAUGAUACAGAGAACCCAGCAGUACAGACAGCAGCAGCAGAUUCUCCCACCCCCACGGCAAGUGACGACAGAGGACGAGUCUGACGUGAAUAUGAGGGAAGAAGAAGAGCAAAAAGACAAUCAGCCUGAAGGAGAGAGCAAGGAAGGUGUGAUUAGUGAUAAGGCUGAGCAGGAAGAGUCUGAGAUGAAGAUGGAGCAGGAGUCUGGUGUGGAAGAACAGCACAAACAGGAACAUGCUAAAAUGCCUGAACACCCAGGUAGAGACAGUGACAGCGGGGACAGUGAGGAGGACGAGCCCUAAAGCAAAUUUUAGGGCUCACACACCACAGUUCUGUUGGCCAGGGUCCACUGUUGGUCCAGCAUUUUUCCUUUUUACCUCACCUUGAUUUGGUUUCUUGAAAAUGAUUGCCUUUUGUAAGAAAAAACAUUUCUAACAAAUAAACUUCAUUUUGUAAUAAAAUUAAAGUAGUUAAAUCUACAGUUAAUUCUUGUGAUUUUUUUUUUUGUGUGUGUGAGACUGGGACUGAAAACAGUUUUUCCCAGUGUGUUUUAUUUUAUAAUCCUCAUACAUGCAGCCUACUUCUCUUUAUAAACUUCCUGCUUGGGUGUAUAUAACUUUUUUGCUGUUAAUAUGGUUGUGUAUAAAUGCCUUGUGCAACUUCCCCUAAAAGUCUUCCUCCUCCAUCAUGUAGUGCAUUUUUCUCUUCCCUCCUCCCCAAGUGCAUGUCCAUUGCUUCCUAGAAAUUAGUGUUGAGCAGAAGGAAUUUUUUUGCCAGUGUGCACAUACACAGAGCCAGUUAGAGACUGUGAGACAGGGCUCAUUCUUUAACUGGCAGGAAUUAUCUUUCCUCCGAACACAAGGACUUGAGGGGAUAACUGGUAACCCAAAAAAGACAUUCGAAGAGUGGAAGUGUGCAAGAUUGACUACCGGCUUUGACCAACGGCAGAAGUUUUACAGUUGUUGUGCCAGUCUGUGGUGGUGAAGCAGGAGGUCAUGUGUGGCUGAGGCUCUCUGUUCCCCAUCCUCACCAAUGGGUGAUGGCAAACUCCUGUUUAUGGACAGUUGUCUGGCUGAUUGUGCUGCUAGUGAUUGGUUGGCCUCUCAGUAUCUUCCUUGGAGGGCUGUAUGGUUUCUUCUCCCCCCUGACCGCCUGCCUCGGCUUUGACCGCCUAACAGAUCUCCUGAUGACGGGAGCCAACCUGGGCAGGACGUGUGCCCAGAACAUGAGACAUGGCACACCCAUGUGCUGAGGAUGUAGCAUCCUCGCUCACCUUUUAUUGUUUUUAAUAAGAAAAAAAAUCACUUCCAAUAGAGAUUAAAAUUGUUUAAAAACUCUGCAAAUUUAUAUUAAACUGUGAUGAAUUAUAACAGGAAUAAUUAUGGAAUUGUAAUUAUUGCACUUAACUAGAUUGUUUACUUAAUAUAUAAUUACCUACAUGGUUUUAAGAUAGCAUAUAGUCAGAAAAUGUCACUCUAUUUAGGAUUUGUAGUAUAGAUCAAGCUUUUUGUAAUGUUUCUUGUUUAAACUCAUUAUAAACUCACUCCCUUUGAAAAUCUGAAAUAAAUUUAACUUCACAAUUUAACUUAAGUAAAGUAAAUAUUAUUUUAAGCCAUUUUUGUUGCUCAGAAAUCUUGACCUGUAUGUAGAACUCCACAACAGGGUUUACCUUUCAGAGAGAGUUCAAGUCGAAACAUUAUUCAAAGUUAAGAGCCUGUAACAAUCCAAAUAACCCUAGAGGAUCCUUUCUUUUCCCCUAAAAGCUUCUGUUCGUCUAUCGUUUAAGUACAACUACCAAAUUUAAACACGUCAUUUUGGAGUUCCUUGUCAGAAAAAAAAGGAUAGGAGAGGACAGAAAAAGAGGAAAGCAGUAACUUGUUAGCAAUGUUACUUUUUGUUAUAUAUCUCAGGUUUUGCUCAGGUUUCUUGUUAUCUGUAACUGAUACAAAAUGAAUCUCGUCCUAAAUUUAGAACUGUUGAAAUAUUUAGUUCUCAUAAAGGUAUUUGACAAACAUCAGUCUUCAAAAAGUGCCAUUUUUCACCUUUCAGAGAAUUAAAACUUCUCUAAAAAUUGGAACCUUAUCUCUCACUAUGAACAGUAGCUUAGCUGUAAAAGCAUUUCAUGAUGGAAAGCUUGUUAGGUAUUUGUAAGUGUAUUUUAUCUUGAUGGUCCCAGACUAAAGAGAAUUUCUGUGAACAUUUUAAGUAUUCUCUGUGUUACUUAUUUUAUUCUUAUUGGAGGCACUACGGAUGAACGUAUGUCUAUCUGAGUGUGCUCACUCACACCCCCUAGAGGCUAAGGGUAGAAGGCUGCCCAGAAAGAGGGCAUCAGGAUCCUGCAGGAUAUUUUAACAUAACACACAACAGCCCUCACUGUUUCAGCCCCUGAAAUCUCCUGAAAUUUAUUAUAUGACUUAUAAACAUGUUAUUUGAUGGGUACCAACUUUGGGCCUUCAUAAGAUAUGCAUAAGCAUUGCAUAAAUCUUUUAUAAAGAAAUGCUAGAUGACUUAUGUAAGGCUUAUCUCAAAAUCUGUGAGAUUCCAUAAAAGUUGAUUUGUCGUUACAUGAAAGAGCGUUCGAUUUGCAUUAAGGCUGAACUGUUUGAGACUGUUGUAUCUAUCAUUUUAAUCAUAUCUUGGAAGCGAUUAUUUUGUCUUUACCAGUACAUUCGUGUAAAAUUGAGCUGUCCUGUCAAUGUAUCUUUUGGGACAUGUAUUUGCUGGACUUUCUAUAGGAGCACUGAAAAUUGAGUGCUCUUCCACUGAAGUGUUGUUGGUCGAUUUGCAUUCAGAACCAUUAUCACUUCUUUAUGAAGCCCAUAUGUCCAUGAAAUGAAUGACUAUAAUGCACUCAAACUAAAGCGGUAUUCAAAUUUGCGUUUAUAGCACUGAUAUUAAGCAAAGUGUAUACCAUCUAUAACUUCCUCAAAGAGUUCUGAAUGUGCUGAAAAAGGAAAGAUUAAUCUGCAGGAUAAGCAGCCAGAUCAACCUACCCAUGAAUAUAAUCAAGUGUUGUUCACUCAUUUCUCGGUCAUGUAAAAAGAAAGUCACAAAACACCUGAGUUUUGACGUAAGACUUUCAUAAAUUCUCCAGUCCUACUUUAGAAAAGAUGUACACAAUGGAAUGUAUGCACAAUACAGCGUUACCAAGUUUGCUAAUAAUGCUUUUGCAUGUAUAGCAUAUGUGAAAGAUAUACUGUACUGUGGUUAUAUCUAUGAUUAAAGCCAUUUUAAUACUUUUUA